GAAAUUCAAUCCGGGGAUGGUGAACCCGCAGCCAAAAAGCCUCGUAAGGAAUAUCGUUGUGACACUUGUGGCAAGACCUUCUCUCGCCCAAAUCAUCUAAUAACCCAUGUACGAACCCAUACUGGUGAGAAACCGUACGAAUGCAACCGCUGUGAUAAGACGUUUGCUGACAAGUCGGCUCUCAAUCGUCACCUGAAAGCGCACGACAAACAAGCUGCCGAACGUACGUUUACUUGCGCAACCUGUGGCGAAACCUUUCACAACCGCGCCCCUUACAACGCUCAUAUUCGCACAGCUCAUCAACAACCCGCCGCUGCAACUAGAAAACGACCCGCUGCUAAAAACACAGACGCACCUGCUGCCAAAAAACGCAAGAAGUCCGCUGAUCCUGGUACUUUCCCAACUACAGCGCAAACCUCAGCGCCCGGGUCUAACUGGCAAGAAGAUCCUAUUCUUAUUCCAGCCAACCUUAUUCCUGCCGCGGAGGAAAAUAUCACCGACACGUACCGUCAACACUGGCCCCAGAUCCGUACCCGAUUUAGUCGCCGUAACCGUUUAAAAGACUGGUACAAUUUCCGCCUGUCUUCGAUCAGUCCUGCUUCCCUCCGCGAACAACUGAACCGCAUCUUUGCUGAUCAACCUACAGUUUUCAAAAUCAACUUUUCCUUUGGUUUUAUUCUCCGUAAUACAGAGACUGGGGCCCUCCAGUAUCAUCAUCCAUCCGCGAACAACCAUUUGGUGCUAGAACAACCGUUCCUGAUUUCAAGUCCAGACGAUUUAGAGUGCCUAUAUCAGCAGAUAGCGGAGAUCGAUUUCCUGGAGUGGGUGGGGCAACAAAGACCAAACUCAAAAUGGGUCGUGGAUCUGGUCACUAAUGUGACGUGGUUUGUAUCGACGAUCAGGGAUCACCCGAUCGGCCGUGGCAAAUAUCUACUAGGUUAUAUCGUGGACAACACGGGAAUCACCCCACUCGAUCGCGAUAUCAGAAGAGGCAAGCCUUAUGAAGAUCAUCUCUGCUUUUUCCGCUGUCUGACCCUCCACAACGGUUGUCAUACGAGGAAUUUAGAGAGAGAUACCCAGUACUAUUACCAACAGUACCGAGGCGCGGGGUUAGGAAAAAAGAAGUUCCAUGGCGUCAAGUUGUCCGAACUAGACGAGUUGGAGAAAUUGUAUGAAGUGAAUAUUCAAGUAUACAGUCUCGCGCCUACUCAGAGCCACAGUGAAGACGAAUACAAUGAAGAAAAUACUCCCGAGAUUGCCGCCACCCUGCUUCGCCGCUCUCACCGCCACUACUCCAGCACGCUUUACUUGAACUUGUACGAAAACCAUUUCUCGUAUAUUAAAGACCUGGCCCGGUACAGUAAAUCCUUCUGCUGUUCAAGAUGUGGCAAGUACUGGAAAGAUAUGUGGAAAUGUCAGCGUCAUGAGAAAACCUGUGACGGCAAAGUCCAGCUCAAGUACCCUGGCGGAGCUUACCAUGUCCCUAAAACUAUCUUUGAAGAAUUAGAAGACGAAGGUAUUGUCGUUCCUGAAGAAGCCCGCUAUUUUCCUUGCAGAGCCACCUUCGAUUUUGAAUGUUACUUUGACAAGAAGAAAGCUCAAGAAUUAAAGAACACUGAAAAGUUAACCUGGCAAUCCGCCCAUGUGCCCUUAAGUGCGAGUGUAUGCAGUAACGUGCCUGGUUACCAAGCACCUAAAUGUUUCGUGUCAGAGGGAGAUUCAGAGCUACUUCUUAACGAGUUUGUGCAGUACCUCACCAAGAUUAGCACCAAAAGUUCAUCCCUGCUCCGCCAAAGGUACGCAGAAGUAUUUGAAGCUCUUGAAACCGCAAGGGGCCCGAAUAACAGUGAAUUCCACGAAGACCGAUUAGCGCAAAUUCUGGUAGACAUCCAGGAGGGCAGUCAGAAUUACAAUGAAGUUGACAAUGAAGAAGAGGAACAUAGUGAAGAAGAGAGCGAAGAUCAAAGUAGCGACAUUGAUUUAAUGGCGAGUGACAAUGAAGAAGCUGAAGAAGAAGAAAUUGAACCGGAGAAUGAAGAAGACCGCGCUUUUCUCGAUGAUGAAAUACAAGAACAGGAAGACGUCUCCUUUUAUAGAAGAUUGAACGUUGAAGUGGACAGAGAAAGAAGACAGCAACUGAGACAGACGCGGGACCAGUAAGAAGAGUUACAAGAUAUUGUAGGUGGUUCAGAGGACGUCAGUGACCACAAAGUCCUCAGUCAACUAGAGGAGAAACUAAACGCCUAUAUACAGGAACUGCCAGUUUCAAUUCCGGAAAGUACGACCUGAAUGCCUCCAAAGAAUUCCUGUUCCCGUACCUCAUCAAGCAUCAGCCCGUCAAGUUUACUGUGGAAAGGAAUAAUAAUCAUAUGUGUAUGAAGACAGACUCUUUAAAGUUUCUGGACAUCUCUAAUUAUCUCGCUCCAGGGUUCAGCUACGAUCAGUUCCUGAAAGCGUACGAGUGCGAACAGACCAAGGGAUUCUUCUCACACCAGUGGCUAGACUGUUUGGAUAAAUUAGAAGAAACAUCGCUGCCCAGUCACGCUGCCUUCUACUCAAGUCUGAAGAACGCUAACAUCACGGGUGAAGAGUACCGAUACUGCCAGCAAGUAUGGGAAGACAAUGAAAUGUCCACCUUUAAAGAUUUCUUGGUUUGGUACAAUAAUCUGGAUGUAGUACCUCUCCUCGAGGCAGUAGAGAAAAUGAGUCAAUUCUGGCAAGAGAGAAAGAUUGAUAUGUUUAAAGAUGGGAUUUCUGUGCCUGGUCUCACCCUCAAGUACCUCUUCUCAUACCUCUCACCUCAAACGUACUUCAGUCUCUUCGAUCAAGCGAACAGUGACCUGUAUCAAUUGAUCAAAGACAACAACACCGGAGGCCCCUCAAUCAUCUUCCAUCGUUACCACGAAGCCGAUAAAACGAAACUCAGGGAAGCUGAAGAAGGCGAGGCUGCUAAGCUGUGCCAGAAGAUCGUGGGUUAUGACGCGAAUGCUUUGUACCUCUGGGCUAUUAUGCAGAACAUGCCAACGGGAAGUUACACGCGACGCCUAGCAGAGAAUGAGUUCAAACCUAAAAGCUCUAUCAAGAUGGCGAUUGAGUGGUUAGAAUGGGUGGCGCACCAAGACAGAAUACAUAUUCGUCAUCAGCUGAACAAUACAGAGAAGCGCAUUGGGGAUCGUAAACUUCCCGUCGACGGUUUCAAUGUCUAGUCACAAACUGUGUACCAGUUUCAGGGGUGUUAUUGGCACGGCCAUGACUGCGCUCUCAACAGCGGAAAAGAGUUUAACGAGAAACGACACAAACCUAUGACAGAACUGCUUGAAGAAACUAGAGCCAACACCGAGUAUAUUCGAAGCAAAGGCUACUGUGUCGUGGAGAUGUGGGAAUGUGAAUGGCGCCGGAUGAAGAAAACGAAUCCUGAACUGCAGCGGUUUAUCGCUACGGAAGUGAGAAGAACCCUCGACAAAGUCAAGAUCAUGAGUGCGGAGCGAAUAUUGAGCGAGGUG